AUGUUUAUUCGGCUCUGUCUGCUCACAACAUUGGCGGGCCUAGCCCGUGGCUUUCACGUUGUGCUACACGACGGGUCGCCCAUCAUCGGUGAGCAGGUGACUAGCCAGAAUCAGAAGCUGGUCACCCAGUUUCUGGGGAUUCCGUUCGGCGAGCCACCGGUCGGCAACCUCAGGUUCCGCAAACCACGAGCAAAGUCACCAUGGCGUACACCGUUCAACGCGACGACGCCCCCGAAGGCGUGUAUUCAAGUAAGUUGUUGGUCUGUGUGGUAUCAUCUCUAACUAAGGCUUUACCUUUUCAAUCUUUUGAUGACUCUUGAAUAAUAUCUUGAUUGAAAAAAAUAAUUUUUUACAUAGCGUUUUACAUUAUGACGUGCAUUAAUGUACGUGUUGCAGAGCACAGACACUUACUUCGGCAACUUCUACGGGGCUACCAUGUGGAACACAAACGUACCACAGUCAGAAGAUUGUUUAUAUCUGAAUAUUUACGUACCGGGUGAAAUAAACAAAAGCAAGAAGUUGGCUGUCAUGGUGUGGGUGUACGGUGGAGGCUUCUGGUCAGGUUGUUCAACGUUAGAUGUCUAUGAUGGCAAAAUACUGGCUAGGUAAGUACUAUAAUAAAAUAUGUAUGUUUUGCGAUUUUAACAUAUAAUAAAAUGCAUACUCUUUUACAUAGUUUUUCUAGUCAGCUGUAUAUAUAUGUUAUCAGUAAAUAUUCUUAUUUUUAGCGAAGAAAAUGUGAUAAUAGUUACCAUGAACUACCGUGUCUCGUUGUUUGGCUUUCUGUACCUGGGGCGAGAAGAAGUCCCAGGCAACAUGGGCUUAUGGGACCAGCUACUUGCUCUCAAGUGGGUCUACACUAACAUCGACCAGUUCGGUGGUGAUCCAGACUGUAUCACACUGUUUGGAGAAAGUGCUGGAGCGGCUUCUGUAUCCAUGCACAUGCUGAGCCAGAAGUCGACGCCUUACUUCAACAGAGCUAUCAUCCAGAGUGGCAGUGCUACAGCACCGUGGGCCAUCGAGAAUCGGCAAGUAGCACUACACAGAGCCGUGGUACUGUAUGAGUACAUGAAAUGUGGCAACAUGUCGCACGAGCCAGACAAGUGGAAUAUGGACUUGGUAUUGGAAUGUUUGUUGGCAGCGACGCCUGAGAAGCUACGGUAACGUUAAUUGCUUGACUUUUGAGAUUUUGAUUGCUUUAGGGAUUCUGAAUGGGCUCCAGUCAUGGAAUUUGCCGACUUUCCAUGGGUUCCAGUCAUCGACGGUGACUUCAUGGUGGAAAGUGCUACAACAUCUUUGAAGUCAGGUCAUUUCAAGAAGACGCAACUAUUGGCUGGUUCUAACCUAGACGAAGCCAUCUACUUUAUAGUGUAUCAACUGGCAGUAAGAUAUUUAUUUUUUUCAAAUUUAUUGAAAAAGUGAGCGAAGUUUGACUUUUUAGUAACUGAUAUAUUAUAUUAUAGUUUUAAAAAACUUUACGGAGAUUUUGUGAUGAUGCAACCUUGCAUUUGCUUUAAUAUUAUCCAUUACUUUUCAGGACGUGUUCCCUCCAUCAGAGUUCUUUACUAAAAAAGACUUUAUCAAGACCAGAGAUGUGUGGCUUCGUAGUAUCUCCAACUUGUUACCCAGACAGACGUUGAAGUCAUCACUAGCUCUACAAAGUAUUAUCCACGAGUAUGAACCUUCUGAUCCUCUGCCAGUCGAACCCCAGCAAUGGAUGGACAGCUUGGACAAGAUGCUGGGCGACCUCCAGUUCACGUGCAAUGUCAACGAGAUGGCAUUGGCGCACACCUUGCAUGGUGGAGAUACCUACUACUACUACUUCACUCAUCGUGCCACUCAACAGACGUGGCCUGGAUGGAUGGGAGUGCUACACGGCUACGAGAUCAACUUUGUGUUCGGAGAGCCGUUCAACACGGACAAGUUCAAGUACACCAAGGAGGAGCAGGAGCUCUCUCGUCGUUUUAUGAGAUACUGGGCCAACUUUGCUCGGACGGGGUAAGACAAACGGCCAUAAUCAGUUGAUUGGCCAUACCAAAGUAAUUGGCCAUAAAACGGAGUUUGUCUUAAGGCAGUGUAACAUUUGUGUUAGACCAAUCUAAACUGACGUUUUAUAAGAUUUUUGUUUAUAUGAGUUAACCAAUGUAACGUUAGUCUCAAGGUAUAACAACAUUUGUGUCUGCCAUUAUAUGUUUAAACAAAGGUUUUAGGGCAAUAAAACGUUUGUGGCCCCAUUACUAACGAAAACAAGUUUUAGGGAUCCCAAUAAAAAUCCGGACGGGACCUACACGUUAGACACAUGGCCUCCUUACGAUGAGAAAACUAUGACCUACAUGAAUCUUACUGUAGAGUCCCAAUACAAUGCUGGCGCCAGACGGACGGGCAGUGGGCCUAGGCGACGACAAUGCAUGUUCUGGAAGACGUUGAUCCCUAAUGUGCUGUCAGCGUCAGGUAACGUCUUUCGGCUGUUACUUUUGAGAUUACUGUACUUACCGCAGCCAUAAUGUAAAUAAUAAUCCAAAACAACGGCUAUAUUGUUGCAGCUGACGUAGGCGAGUCAUUUGUACGAUGGAAACAGCAGAUGGAUCGCUGGGAGAACGACUACAUCAACGACUGGCAGUUCCACUUCGAGCAGUACAAAAAGUACCAGAGCUACCGGCAACUUGACACUGACCAGUGUGUCUAG